AUGGAGGGCGAGGCGCAGUCUCAGGACGACGAAGAUCAGCGCCUCGAACGGCUGCACUUUGCCAAUGUGCUCAAGGCCUUUGACGAUUACCUGCCAUACUGCUUAUCGGCCAACGAUGCACGAAGAAGAUCCUAUUUCUCCCUGCCGAGAGCGCAUCAACAGCUCCUCGCAGAGGUGGGACAGCCGCUUUCAUUACCGGAGCUGCCGAGUGGAUCAUCGCAAGCAGCGCCAACGCGAGGCUUCAAGUCGAGACUGGAAGAAAUCGAUGACCGAAUCCGCCGCAACGCCGACCUUCUGUCCUUGAUAGCAGACGAGUCGCGCGGUUUCCUCGGCCCAGACGCAUUUGGCGAAGAGCCCGAGGCUAGUCCGGAGGCGAACCAUGGCAAUCAGAGCAGCAGCAACAGCAGUAGCAGCGGCAAGGACGUCAAUGGCUCCAGUCUCAAAGGCGGUCGCAAGCGGAGAAAGAUUUCGGGUCACGAAAUCGACAAGAUCCAAAGCACACUCAAGCAAUUCGUUCGAGACUGGAGCCGCGAAGGUGAGCCGGAGCGAUCUGCGGUGUACGAGCCUCUGCUAGAAGCUGUUGCGGAGCGAUAUGGCAAGAUCACCUUUCAAGAACGAGGACAUGUCCGCAUCCUCGUACCCGGCGCUGGCCUUGGUCGACUGGCGUUCGAAUACGCAGCCCAAGGCUACUCGUGUCAAGGCAACGAGUUCAGCUUCUACAUGCUGCUGGCAUCUCACUACAUCCUCAACAAGUCGAGCAGGGUAAAUGAGCACGUCAUCUAUCCGUUUGUCCACUCUUCCAGCAACUGGAGGAUGGCCGACGAUAUGCUGCGACCGGUUCACAUUCCCGACGUCUUACCAUCUUCCUUACCGCAGACGAGCGAGUUCAGCAUGGUAGCCGGCGAGUUUUGCGAAGUAUACUCGAAAGCAGACGAGAAGCGAGCAUGGCAUGUGGUGGCGACGUGCUUCUUUAUCGACACGGCUAAGAACGUGCUCCGCUAUCUCGAGACGCUGAAUCAUUUGCUGCCCAUUGGCGGUCACUGGAUCAAUGCGGGGCCGUUGCUGUGGCACUUUGAGAACUCGGGCAGCUCUCGAGGAAGCUCGGGCGAUAGCAUGAGCAUCGAGCUUACGCUGGACGAGCUGGUGCAGCUAUUGCCAAGGAUGGGCUUUGAACUCGAGGAUCGUCGCGAGCUUUCGCCGACGCCCUACACAGGGAUGCUCAACGGCAUGCUGCAGUACAAUUACUUGCCCGAGUUCUUCGUAUGCCGCAAAGUGCGCGAUGUCGAACCGGCGCCAGAAGUGUAA